GCACAUUGCAUUGUGGGAUACGGAGUAAGAUGGAAGCGCUGUUAGAGCGCAUGUAGAAGUGUCAAUAAGUCUAUUUUUUUAAUAGUUACAUGAUCAUAAUUACAUAUUUGUUACAGUGUUAACGAAUAUAAUUACUUAAAGUUUSUGUUGGCUGCGGGAACAGGCGUUCGGACAUGUCUGUCCUGGGAGGUUUGCUGAGAACUGGAGCGUCUCUGUGUCAUUCUGCUGGGACUCUGCUGGCCUCAGCCAGAACCUUUUCCACAGGAACAUGCUGUCAGCUCAAGAUGCGUGGUAUGCCUCCGCCAAGGAAUGUUGACAACUGGACUUUUAAGAAGACCAUGUUUGGUGUUUAUCACAACAUUGGCAUCUUGGGGGACUUCAAAGCGCAUCCGAAAGACCUAAUUACUGGCCCCAGCUGGGUGAAGGGGUUCAAAGGUAACGAACUGCAGCGUUGUAUUAGGAAAAAGAAGAUGGUGGGGGACAGAAUGAUGGUUGCGGACAGACACAACUUGGAGAAGAAUAUCAGAUACCUCUACAAACGAUUCAACCGUCAUGGACAACACCGUUAAUACUGUAUACAUCAUCAGGAAACCUCUAAAGAGCUGUCAGAUUGGGGAUGUUAUUUCAUUCUGUGCUGUAAUGACGAAGAAAAUGAUUUUGUUAAAGACGUUAUGUCCUUAAUAUUUGCUUUUGUUUUUUCUAAUGAUAGAAUUAUCUAAACAAAAAUGGCAAAUGACAUAAAAGCUUGAACAUGGAACCCGAAAA